CUCUUGUAUUUUUUCAUAAUAUGUCUCUCAUGCUACCUAUCCCCGCUCGGGCCCCAGCCGAUCCCCUCCGCUUUAAGAACUCAGAGUUGAACGAUGAGCUCCCGUCCGUCCCCGUGUGCCAGCAAAAUAGUGACAACGAUUGUGAAGAUGAGUCGCCACUUGACACUCGCUUGUUUGCUGCUGUAUGCAACGCGCGGCUCAACUCGGGGGUUCCUUGUGGAGACUCCGACGAUGCCGCGUCAGACUCAACAAUGGCCUCGCUCGAGGGGACCAAAAAGGUGUACUUCGAUGAGCAGGUGCGCUUUCGUUUUCACAAUUUCCCAGUAAAAUCAGCUGACAAGAGCCGCGAGGAUGUCGACCUAACAAACGAUAUCAAGUGCUUCGACGGUGGUAGUCUUUACGCGGUAGCUGGCGGCUGCAAACCACUGUGGGAGUUUCCGACUCUACACAUGCUAGAUAAGAUGGUUGAGUGGAUGACCACACCAACCGCCAAGGUCACUCCUCAUCGCCAACGUAGCAGAUCCCAUGGAUCAUCCGAGGACAUGUCUAGCCAUGGUUAUAUCCCCUAGUUUCGCACCUACCUAUGUUAAUAUCUCCAUCACUGUUGCUACACCUCGGGGUUGAAUCUGCUUGCAUCAUGCAGUUUCCUCUUCCCCUGGUCAUUCAAGAAGUUCAUGUCUGUUACAGAUCAGAGAAGUUUGUAUAUACGUUGCCAAUUUUGACAUACAGCUGAUGUUAAAAACAUUAUCGUUUCCCCAACAGUAGACGAAGGCUUCGUCCGUAGUCUGCUUGGGGGAGGUUUUUGCUCCUUCAUUUCGUCUCACUGGGCGGCUA